AUGGAAGUUAACUAUUCACAAGAAAAGGGGGAGUUGGUGUUGAAACAGUCCCUAUUUAUUAUGAAGUUGGUCUCGAAGUUUGAGCAAAACGAAGCUUAUGCACUUCGCAACCCUGUCUGCGCAGGACAGGACCUAACUCCGGAUGAAACACACCCAUAUUAUCGCAGUACUUGGACCAACCACGACAGAUGCACUGGCGAGCGGCUUUACGCGUUUUACACUAUCUCAUGGGAACAAAAUAGCACGGAAUUAAGUAUAAGGAAUCAGACGGCAAAAAGAUGA